AUGUUCUGCAAACUGGGAGGUACAAACAAGGAGAUUGGUUUUGUUUUCAGGGAUGGAGUGAAAUUCACGAACGAUGCUGCAAUUGCUCGUUUCAUUACUCGCUGGUCGAACAAAGCAGAUGAAUUGUUCGGCAGGGACCUCCUCGAGCAGCUGCAGAUUGAUUGGUGGGUAGUCACAAUUGAGCAGCACAUCGAAUACGGCCGCUCACUGGAUCGCCUGUUCAAGUUAGCCGAAAAAAAUCUUACAGUUGGUCCACAUUUGUGCUUUAAUCGUUUUACCCUUGCGGAUAUUAUGCUGUGGACUGUCAUAGCUGACGAUGAGGAAGUAAGUUUUUACCCUUGA